AUGGCAUCCGAUGUGUCCAACAAUAAGAAGCGUCCGCUGAGUAUCAGUUCGGUCUCCUCUUCGUCCACCUCUUCGUGCUCUUCGCUCACCAGAAAUGGAAGUCUCGGUAUGGCCGACACGAAGAAGUCUUAUUUGGCGAGUAUUGAGAGCUUAGACGACGCGGACGACACCGACGACGACUCUCUUGGCAUCAUUCGUAUGAUUAGAGCCAAAGUUAACGAUCCUCUGCCUCUUAGCCCUUCUUCCCUCUCAACGUUCAGUUUUAAACUAUUCCUUAAACGGAGUGAAUUUGUUUCGGUUUUGUAUGACUCGUGCCAUCGGUUAGGGGCCAGACAUAGAGUUGGAGACGACAAACGUCUGGGUUAUUUGCAACACAUGAAGACAUUCGAUGAGUCGAAGAUCACCGCCGAAGAGAUACUAAAUCUAUUUAGUAAUAUAGAAGACAUCUAUUUAUUUAAUUCGGAUUUUUUAAGUCAAUUAGAAGAAUGUGGUCUAAACCCAGUGUCAAUCGCCAACUGUUUUAUCACCAAGAGUUUGGGUUUUGAUAUAUACACACACUAUUGUACAAACUAUCCCCGAACUGUGUCCUUAUUAACAGAAAUGAUGCGAAACACAGAUAGGGCUGAGAUAUUUAGGGAAAGGCAGCUCUCCUUAAAACAUAGUCUUCCUUUGGGUUCAUACCUAUUAAAGCCCGUCCAGAGAAUAUUGAAAUAUCAUCUACUGCUACAGAAUAUCGUGAAAUACACGGACAAAGAGACCAACGAUUACAUCGAUGUAAGGAACGCGUUAUCUGUGAUGACAAACAUUGCGAUCCAUAUAAACGAUAUGAAGCGGAAACACGAACACGCAGUCAGGGUUCAGGAGAUCCAGAGUUUGCUCUACAAUUGGCCCGGCCAGGACCUGACCACUUACGGCGACCUACAGUGCGAGGGAUCGUUUCGUAUGUUCGGUGCCAAAGGCUUUCGGCAUUUAUUCCUUUUCGACAGAAUGUUAUUAAUGACCAAAAAGAAAGACGACGGCUCUCUCAGCUUCAAGACUCAUAUUCUCUGUUCAAACUUAAUGCUAAUCGAGAGCAUUCAGGGCCAACCACUUUGCUUUCAUGCCAUUCCCUUCGAUCAGCCCAGAGCUCAGUACACAUUUCAAGCCCGAAAUCUGGAACACAAGAGGGAAUGGUGUCUACUCUUGAAGAGAGUUAUUCUGGAGAACUAUGACGUUGUGAUCCCCUCUCACGCCAAACAGAUUGUCAUGCAAUUGGGACAGACAGCCAAUGGUGGACACACUGACAGCCACAAGACACACACCAACAGUAAGCGGACACUCAGUGCUCCCGAAUAUCUGGAGCGCCGGAAACAGGAGAACCGACGCAAAUCGGAGGCCACUGUUAACCACAAUCUGAGCAAAGGAUUCAAACUGAGAAAAUCGCUGAAAAAGAUUCAUUAUAUGGACGGCCAUAACGGUUGGCGUCGUUCCCGGAGUUCCAGUUACGAUGAGAGCGCCCGCACUCACACACAUUGCAAUGACGGCGAACAAAGCGAACGGCGCUCUAGUCUCGGACCUAUCGAUUUGAACGCCUCUCAAACCGAUAUCUUAGUUGAGAAGUUGGAAAGCAGUAGUCCUUCCAAACCAGUGACAGGUAUGACAGGUGUUGGUACAGGAGCUCACAAUCAGCCAAAACUUGUUGAUCGAAGCGAACGCUCAACACAAGAACUAACGGAAGAGAAAACAGACAAUGAAUCUCUGAAUCAAAUCCAUGACUUGCAUAACAUACUGGAGUUAAGGCCACCGCCGCGUACAGUAACGGUAGGGCACCGGGAGAUGAAUGACAUGCACAACGAAAACGAAGCCGAAUACGUGACUUUCUAUAUAUCACCCAACAAUCGAUUGGAUUCGAGCGAAGACUCUAGUGUUCAAAUGUCUAACAGUUCCAGUACUCUAUACAACCGAACGAGUACUCCAUUGUCUUCGGGUUCGAGUGACCUAUCGAUGGCCUCAUCGUCACAAUCGGAAGACUCCAAAUAUGUAGUCCUUCCGGUCAAUGCACUCAUCAGUUAUUCACACCUUUCGAGUCCUAUCGUACGGCGCGUCCAAUCAUUCACUGGUAUGACUCGGAGUAAAGCUAUGUUACAGCACACCCUCUCAUUGCGACACUCGUUGGCUCCCGAUUUGCCGCCGACGCCACCCAAUAGACGAUUAGUUCAACGACCAAACACUUUAAAUCUUUGCAACUCUUCAUCCAUACGAUUGCCGUCGUGUAAUAGUUUAGAUGAGAUGAGUCCCACAGCGCCCGCCAUUUGGCUCAAGAGACAGGAACAGCAUUUUGCCGACGCCUGCAAAAAGGGCGGUUCACUUCCCAGAAGUUUUGAGACGACUUCGUUUGCGCCGACAAACGAAGACAACUGUCAAACGACACCAACCAAUCGAUUACGGAUGGGAACGCAUGGAGAACAGAGACCUUUCACUAUCGCAGCCGAUGGUCAUCCACUGAAUGGCGAGUACAUCGACACCGGUAUUGAGACAUAUAUCGACAUCGAUGGCAAUAAAUGCUUUAAAUCCAGUGACAGUCACGACGAUAUGAAGUGUUCCGACAAUUCGUCAUCAAUUAGUUUGGAGAAUAUGUCGGAUCAGUCAGUCCUACACCCGGAGCACAAGAUCUAUAAACACAGCGCUUCUAAAUAUAUCAAAUCCGUUAUAUUUAACGUGAGCUCCAAAUUAGUAUCUCUUCGUCGAUCGCCGACUGUUUCCGAUCAGUUGUGCGGAGACAGCGCUUCCAUUAUCUCUGGUGAGAGCGUCGACAGGUGUGAGUCGCCGGCAGUGCAACCGAAUCGGUGCCAAAACAACAACAAAGCGAAUGAAUCGUCGAAAUACGAAAUGAGUCCCAAACUAAUAACCGCUCGUUUUGUUCACACUUUAGCCAAAGUUUAUUCAAAUAUAAUUAAAAAUAAACUCAAGAAUUCAUCGAAAAUUGAAACCGAAAUGACUGCGAGUAAAGCGCUUUCAGAAAUUCCUAGUCCUGUGUUCGCCCGCAUAUCAGUGCCCAAAACGAGUUCGGCUGCGGCCGCGCGGUUGGCCGCCUAUAACCACUUUGAUUGCGAUGAAAAUGUGCCCAAACAUAGAUGUGGUCUUCAAAAACACUACUCUUUUCGACGGCCCGACAGUUUAGUGUCCGAUAUAUCAAAUUCCAGUGAAAGUAAUGAUAAAAACGAUACAUUAGAUGGAAAUGCGGACACUUUAGAUGACUUACCCUCCGAUGCCAGCGAUUCAUCACUCGAUAGCUUUUAUGAGCAAACGUUUGAAGCGAUUGAAAGUGUAUUGACUGAAGAGAUGUUUGGAGAGUCAGGUUUUUACAGUCAAAGUAGGGAUAACGACGACACAGACAUCUCAGGACUCAAUACUAUCGAUCAGUUUGCCGACGAUAGUGAGGACAACGCAUGUUAUACUCACUUGAAUUUAAUAACGAAUUUAAAUGACGAUAAAAAACAAAGUAUUUACAAAUCGAUAGAGGAGUUGUCGAAUGGUCUCAACUUAAACAUAUUGAGUGCUAAGCGAGUGAAGGGCGCUAUCAUUGAAAAACUUAAAAUUCUCGAACAAAAUUCUCGUUUCCAUAAAGACAAUAACGUCUGUGACUUCGAUGGCAUCAAAAGUAUUAAAGAAAGAGUGGAAGAGUUGGAGAACAAUAAGGAGAAGUGGAGUAACAAUAAGGAGAAUAUGGAUGAAAACGACGAGUCUUCAGAUGAGUCGCCAAAAGGUUCGCCAAAACCCAACUCCAAGGGUUGGGUCAAACACGUGAUCGGAAAGUUGCAAAAUGAUUAAUAUAUUGCCCGUAAACUAAAUGAAUUGUAUUUAUAAACAAAAAAUAUAAUUAACUAUUUUCUAACCGGAGAAACAAAACGUGAUUUUCAAUGUUAUUUAUUGUAAAAUCUUUUUUACAGAAUUAUAGAUUUUGAGUCAAAAUAUUUUACUAACAAUUUAUGACAUAAUCAAACAAUUAUUAGGAAAUAUUGAUAUCUUUUUACCUGUAAUUAUAUAUAUAUUAAUGAAUGAAAUAAUAUUUAGGAGUAACUGACAAAAAUUCAGUUAAAAUCAACUAAUCAUUAAUUAACAAGUAUUUCGAUGUGAGACCAACUUUUGAACUGACAAUUAGAAACAAUAAUUCUUUAUUUAUAUUUAUAAAUACAUAUAACAUAUGCCA